CACAACCCACGCAAGCAAGCACCAUCCGCACCACAUCCGCUUCUUGCAGUCUUAUCAGAACUGCGAAGCGUUGACUGUUCCCUCCGAGUCGGUGAUUCCAUAGAUGCCUCAGUCAGAAGCAUGGGAAGAUGUCCCACAAGAUGCUAGCUUGAGCUUCGGCAAGCACUUUCAUGACCUCCUGCAAGCAUAUCGGGGAGGACUUGUAGCCAACUCCAAUGGCUCGCUGGGCAGUCAAGGGCAGUUCGGAGGUCGACGCCCGAUACUUAGAGUCCUGAUGGUCAGACAUGGCGAAACGGCCUACAACGUCCAAGGCAUCAUCCAAGGCCAAAUGGAUACGCCUCUCAACGCUCUCGGUCGCAAGCAGGCCCUCUUGACCGGCAGGGCUCUGGCAAACACUCCACUAGACGCAGUGUACUCCAGUCCACUGCAGCGCACAAUGGACACAGCUGCCGCGAUUCAUGGCUCGCAUCCUGCUAGAGCAGCCAUAGCCGUCGUUCCCGACGAUCGCCUCAAGGAGCGCGCAUUUGGCUCCCUGGAAGGCAAGUCCUACAAGGGCAAAAAGGGAGACACAAUACCUGGUAUAGAAAAGACGCAAGAGCUGCAGGACCGCGUUGCUUCCUUCUGGAACGACCUGAUAGAGCGAGAGGCCAAGCAGGCUCAAGAAGAGCAAGACAGGGGAGACAUACGCACCGUGCUGCUCGUUGGUCACGGAGCGGCCCUCAGCGCUCUACUGGAGGUCCUGACCCCAUACGCUCUCUUGGAGCCAGGAGUUCAGCCAUCGCGGUUAUGGAACUGCUCUAUCACGGAGAUGGCCGUCUUCUUGCCCCGUCUACACGCCGCUCGAACCUCAAACGGAGAGUCGUCAGCGUCCUCCUGGAAGGUCAAGCCCACGCAUCUGCUUCGGGAGGCAGGUGCCAAGGGGGAGCAAUUCGAGCGAAGUGUAGCACUGACUCGGUGGGCCGGUGAGUGCACGAAGCGAGCCAGACAGACCUGAAGCUCUGUGCGUACCGUCUUUGGGCAAGCUGACACAGUACGGACGCUGUCUUCCGCCAUUGCCAACCUUCGGCAGACGUUCGUCACCUUGAGGUACCUGCAGAUGAGAAGGAAUCUACAGCAUCAAACGGUCAUGCGAAGGAAGUGCCUGGCGCAGAGGAUGACAGCGUGAUCGCUGUUCACAAAGGCACAAAUGCGGACGAGAUCACCCUAGAGGAAGACGAGAAGUAAUGAAGGAGCGAGGAGUCAUCAGCAGCGAGAUGCGUAGGUUCUCGCGAGCAACCCUUAUCAUUAUAAAUAGAUCGGUUAGCCUCUAUACAGUGCCUCAAUGGAUGAGUUCAGAGACCUUGCUAAAUCAGGCCGGCCUUUCAGAGACUGCGUCAUUUUUGUGUAUUGCAGAGCUGUGACACGUAUUCUACACUUCGUCGACGAUCUUGUAGCCCUUGA